AUGUUCGUUCAAGGACCUGGUUUGAUCCAAGAAGGAUCAGAUAAUUCUGACGAUGAAAGUGAAGAUGAAUCAUCCGGUGAUGUUCUUCAGAAACGAAAAGAAGAAUGCGAAAGGAAAGCAAGAAGAGGAGAAAUGGAUCCACGUUUGGAAUUUGCAUUUCAACUUUUGAUGGAUGCAACCCAAUUGGCUCGUCACGAAGUAAUGGAUCAUGUUUUCGAAGGCGACAUGUUGGACGAAAUCAAUGAAUUAUUUUUACCACAUAUGAGAUCUACUUUAGUAUGGUUUUAUCAAGAAGUCGUCGAAGUUGAACCACCUCGUCCACUUGACACGGUUCAAACUAAGCCUACAGGUACACGACUAGCACCAAAUACAUCGACAUCGAAAACCAAAGAAUUACAAAAGGAGACAAAAGAAGCUACGAAAAAGAAACUUUUUUUAACAGAUGGUUGGCAGGUGCCUUGCACAGGAGUUUGCAUUUAUAUGUUUCGAAUUAAUCUAUCAAAACAAUUACCAGAAGAAGGUUUUCAAAAAGAUUUAUACACUGGUAUAAUAGAUACCAUGAAAAUUGGUAUCAUACCAUCGAUUCAACGUGUCGUAGAAAAUGUUUUUAUGGAGGCAUUGGCACAUUCAGUUGGUGAAGGAGAAGAUGAUUGUCCGAUGAUCAAAAGUCUUCUAUUACCUGGUCUCAGAUCAUUUUGCAGUGCAUUGAAAGUAUGCGAGGAUAUAGCUUUGGAAGGUAACAUAUUCAACGAUGGUGAAAAUUUCAUGACAAACGUCCACAAUUUUGAAGAAGCCAAAGUUUUUAUGUCCGAUACAAAUAAUGUAACCAAAGUUGAGGAAAGAGUCAAAGUGUGGAUUAAAAGAUUGAAAGAUUUUAUAGCAGAAAGUAAACAAGUUAAAAGAGAAAAUGAUCAUUCUGGACCACAACAAGAAUUGGAAUAUUGGAAACGAAGAGGUGCACAGUUCAGUCAACUUGUUUGUCGAUUACAGGAUCACGAAAUACGAAUGUCACUUCUUUGUUUGCAAGUUGUACGUUCGAAUUACAUCAAAAGUUGGGUAGACACAGAAGAUGAAGUAACUUAUUGUUACAAUGAAGCAAAAGAUAAUGCAAAGUUUAUUCAAGCAUUAGAAAAAUGUUGUCAUUGUUUAUACCUAGAUGAUCCUAUAAAAAUGAAAGAUUCUUUAAUAUCUUUACUACAAACAGUAAGAUUGAUCUACAGUGUAUCAAAAUUUUAUAACACUUCGGAACGUACUAGUUCACUAAUGAUCAAAAUUACAAAUCAAAUGAUAGUAGCUUGUCGUGAUUAUGUUACCAAAAGAGGAAGAGAAACUAUUUGGGGUCAGGACAGAUUGGCAGUUAGAUCAAGAUUAAAACAUUGUUUGAAAUUGAACAAGUCAUACAGAGAAACGUACAGAUUAGUACGAUGUUCACCAGCUGUAACAGAACAAGAAUUUUCAUUUUCCGAAACCCACGUUUUUGGAAGAUUCGAUUCGUUUUGUGCUAGGAUCAGAAAAAUCGUAACGAUGUUCGAUCUCAUCGAAGAUUAUCAAAAUUUAUUCGAGAGACGAAUGGAAGGAUUAUUGUUAGGAGAAUCUUUGGAAGAUACCACGAAAGUUUUCGAAGAAGCAAAAAAAAUAGCUACCAACAAAUCUUACGAUUAUUUAGACCCAAGAAAUUUGGAAUUCGAUACAGAUUAUGAUGUGUUUAUGAUAAAAACGGAUAACUUAAAAAAAAACAUUGGUGAUAUCAUAGAAAAUAAUUAUGCAGAUGUAUGGGAAACACCACAAGGUAUACGUUUCCUAACACGAUUCGAAAAGGUGAGCGAAAAAAUUCCAUUGACCAAACUCGAAGAAAAGUAUAACAUAGUGAUCAAAUAUUGUGAUAGAGAAAUUGAAAGGAUUGUAAAACUUUUUAAAAAGCAACGAAACGAUCCACCGUUGCCAAGACACAUGCCACCUAUAGCUGGAAGAUUAACUUGGGCGAACUCGUUAAUAGUACAUUUAAACGAAUUAACUACUUCUGUUACAAGUCACCCAGUUUUAAAAACGUUGCCGUUAGCUGGUGAUUUAGAAAAACGUUAUGCUCAAGCAUUGGUUGUUUUAGGCCAAUAUCGAUCAGACAUUACUGAAAUUUGGACUCAUCAAAAUUCAUGGAUCAUCGAAGAUUGUUUACAACGACCACUCUUAACAACCGAUCAGAAGACAGGAAAAAUCAAAGUCAAUUUGGAAAGUCGAAUCGUUCUGUUAUUUCGUGAAGCUGAUUGUUUAGCAAAAUUAAACUUUGAUGUUCCAAUCGUAGCAUUGGCAAUAUUGUCUAAACGUGAUCAUUUCACAAUGCUAGCGAAUUCUCUUCAAUUGGUGAUCGAGGAAUUUGUAACAACAGCUAGACGCGUUAAAUUAGAAGUUAGGCCACUUUUGUUGCCACAUUUGGUUCACGUUGCAUCGUUAUUCGAACCUGCUUUGACUUAUUUAACUUGGACUCAACCAAAUUGGAACGAAUUUUGUCAAAAUACGAGAGAACAAAUCAAGAUUUUUGAUAUACUCGUAACCAGAAUCCACGACGUUUAUUCCAACAGAAUUCUACACGUUUUGGAAAGCAUGCAAAAAAUUACUUUACAUUCCUUACCAAAUUCCAACGAUCCAUGGACGAUAGAAGAAUUUAUCGAAAAAACUGAAGAAGUUUGCAAAACUGGAGCAGUUGAUUUGUAUCGCAAAAGUAUGAUGGUUGAAGAAGCUGUAGAAGAAGUUUUGGGUUUGGUUAAAAAUGCAGCUGCUGAUUUCAAACAACUCGCUGAUUUUGAUCAAUUCGAUUUGCUAGAAGAAAAAAUAGAAAAGGAUACGGAACAAGGUGUUCAGCAACACGAUUGGUCAAUCGUUUGGGCAUAUUUUGAUAAUCCUCAUGAAUUAUUAAAGAUUGGUGAUAGUUUACCUAAAGGAAUGCAAGAAAUGGUUGGAAAUGCUAUGUCAGAGAUGAGAAGAUAUUAUUCAAGAAAAGUUGUUGAUGUUUUGAUCAAAGUUACAAAAGCUUCUUUGGAUGCAAUUAGAAAACGUUUCGUUCGUAACAUAGAUCCUGAAUGUCUACCAAAUCCUGUGUUUCUAUUACACGCAACUUUGAUGAUUCCAACGGUGACGGUGAAACCAACUUUGAACGACGUACAAGAAACUUUGUGUUCUGCUGGGAAAAUAAUUACCAGCGUUACGAAAGGUGUUUCGCAAUGGAAUGUUAAAAGUACUAAGAAUUCAUGGAAAGAUUUGCAAUGGGAUAUUAAAAGGAAUUUAGCUGAUGUAAUAAUGCGUGUUCAAGUAGACGUCAAGAAGAAAAAAGAAGAACAAUCUGAAGAUUUAAAAACUAGAAGACGCAGACUGUAUAAAAUGAUUUCCGAAGAAAAACCUAUAUUUGUCGUUCAAGAAAGAAAUUUUUAUGCAAUGGUCAUGGAAAAUAAAGAUAUCGUUAAAAUAUUAUCAAUGUUGAACAAUUGUACUCAAGAACUCAAACAAGAUUUGUCAAAUUUUUUCGAACGAUGGGAACCAUAUAAAUUUUUAUGGAAAAACGAACGAAGUAUGAGAGAACUUUUGCAAGUUUCUUUAUCAGAAUUUGAAAGUACUUUAAGAAAACAUGGCGAGUUAGAAGAUUUUUUAAUAACAGAACCUGACAUGGUUUUUAUUGGAACAUCGAUAGCUGUUUCUACGGAAAGAUUGAAAUAUGGGCUUUACACUGAAAUAAAGAGUUCAACUCACAAAAUUGGCCAAGCCAUGAAAAAGAAGUACAGAAGAGAAAUGGAAUACGUUUAUGCUGUUAUCAACGAAAUGGAACGUAAAUUGGAUCGACAAAUCCGUGAUUUGGACGACGUACGUCUGAUAAUGGAUACCUUGAAAAAAAUUCGUGAACAAGAAGUAGACAUGGAACUUAAAAUUGAUCCUAUCGAAGAAGCUUUUAACAUAGUCACGAGAUACGAGGUUCCAGUUGAUCCUGAAUGUUUAGAACAAGUUGACAAUCUUCGUUACACAUGGCAACAAUUAUUAGCACGUGCACAAGAAAGUCAUGUUUUAUUAUUAAAUCUUCAACCACAGUUUGAAAAUGAUUUGAGAAAUAAUCUUGAAAAGUUCCGUAUAGAUAACGAAAUGUAUUGUGAAGAAUACAAAUCAUCGGGACCUAUGCAACCUGGUUUAAGUCCUCGUGACGCUUCCGACAGACAAAUUUUAUUUCAAAAUAGGUUUGAUGGUAUGUGGAGAAAGCUACAAACAUAUCAAAGUGGUGAAGAAUUGUUUGGAUUACCAAUUACGGAUUAUCCUGAACUUACUCAAAUUCGUAAAGAAUUAAAUUUGUUACAAAAAUUGUACAAAUUGUAUAACGAUGUGAUAGAUCGUGUCAGCAGUUAUUACGAUAUUCCUUGGGGUGAGGUAAAUAUCGAAGAUAUCAACAACGAAUUAAUGGAAUUUCAAAAUCGAUGUCGUAAAUUACCAAAAGGUUUGAAAGAAUGGCCAGCAUUUUUUGCAUUGAAGAAAACAAUAGAUGAUUUCAACGAUAUGUGCCCGUUAUUGGAAUUAAUGGCUAACAAAGCUAUGAAACCACGUCAUUGGCAAAGAAUCGUUGAAGUUACUAGUUACAAUUUUGAUCUUGAGAAUGAAAAUUUUUGUUUGAAAAAUAUUCUCGAAGCACCUUUGUUAAAAUACAAGGAAGAUAUCGAGGAUAUUUGUAUCAGUGCAAUGAAAGAAAAAGAUAUCGAAGCAAAAUUAAGAACAGUCGUUAAUGAAUGGUCCUCACACGAAUUAACAUUCAUGACAUUUAAUAAUCGAGGAGAAUUAUUGCUACGUGGUGACACCACUGCUGAAACUAUUGGACAAUUGGAAGAUAGUUUAAUGAUUUUAGGUUCAUUGAUGUCGAACAGAUACAACGCACCAUUCCGCAAGCAGAUACAACAAUGGCUUGCAGAUCUUUCUAAUACGAAUGAAAUACUUGAAAGAUGGUUACUCGUUCAAAAUAUGUGGGUUUAUCUCGAAGCUGUAUUUGUGGGUGGUGAUAUUGCUAAACAAUUACCCAAAGAAGCUAAAAGGUUCAGUAAAAUCGAUAAGAGUUGGCAAAAAAUUAUGCAAAGGGCUCACGAAACACCUGGCGUUGUACCAUGUUGCGUUGGGGAUGAUCUGUUGAAACAACUUUUACCACAUUUACAAGAACAAUUGGAACUUUGUCAGAAAUCUCUUAGCGGAUACUUGGAAAAAAAACGUAUGAUGUUUCCAAGAUUCUUUUUCGUUUCUGAUCCAGCACUUUUGGAGAUACUCGGUCAAGCAUCGGAUUCCCACACUAUACAAAAUCAUUUAUUAUCAAUUUUUGAUAAUACCAAAUAUGUUAAAUUUCACGACAUUGAAUACAAUAAAAUGACAGCAAUUAUUUCCUCGGAAGGUGAAACUAUAACUUUAGAAAAAGCUGUGCAAGCUGAAGGUUCUGUAGAAACAUGGUUGAUGCAACUUUUACAAACGUCUCAACAAUCUUUGCAUUCGAUCAUUCGACAAGGAUACUCGAUGAUGAAUGACAUAAGUUUUGAUUUAUUAAAUUUUCUUAACAAAAUGCCAGCACAAGUAGGAAUAUUAGGAAUUCAAAUGAUUUGGACAAGAGAUGCUGAAUUAGCUUUAGCACAAGCACGUGCAGAUAAAAGGAUCAUGAGCGAAACAAAUAAUAGAUUUUUAGAUUUAUUAAAUACAUUAAUCGAUCAGACAACUCGAGAUUUAUCAAAGAUUGAUCGAACCAAAUUUGAAACAUUGAUCACUAUACAUGUACAUCAGCGUGAUAUAUUUGAUAUACUGUGUCGCAUUAAUGUACGUUCCGUACACGAUUUUGAAUGGUUGAAACAAUGCAGAUUUUAUUUUAAAGAAGAUAUGGAUAAAACUAUGAUAUCAAUAACGGAUGUACAAUUUGUAUAUCAAAAUGAAUAUUUAGGGUGUACUGAAAGAUUGGUAAUAACGCCAUUAACUGACAGGUGUUACAUUACAUUAGCACAAGCAUUGUCUAUGUCAAUGGGAGGUUCACCUUGUGGACCUGCGGGAACUGGUAAAACUGAAACUGUCAAAGACAUGGGAAAAACAUUGGCAAAAUACGUCGUAGUGUUCAAUUGUUCUGAUCAAAUGGAUUAUAGAGGACUUGGAAGAAUUUACAAAGGAUUGGCACAAAGUGGAUCCUGGGGUUGUUUCGAUGAAUUUAAUAGAAUCGAAUUACCAGUUUUAUCUGUAGCUGCUCAACAAGUUGCUGUUGUAUUAGCUGCUAAGAAAGAAAAGAAAAAACAAUUUAUAUUCACCGAUGGUGAUCAAAUUGACAUGUGUCCAGAACUUGGAAUAUUUAUUACAAUGAAUCCUGGAUAUGCUGGUAGAAAAGAACUUCCGGAAAAUUUAAAAAUACAAUUUCGUACUGUAGCAAUGAUGGUACCAGACAGGCAGAUUAUUAUACGAGUAAAAUUAGCCAGCUGUGGAUUCUUAGAAAAUAUUACCCUUGCUCGUAAAUUUUAUACGCUUUAUAAACUCUGCGAGGAACAACUUACCAAACAGGUUCAUUACGAUUUUGGUUUAAGAAAUAUCUUGUCAGUGCUUAGAACAUUGGGUGCAGCAAAGAGGGUGAAUUCUAAAGAUUCGGAAAGUACCAUCGUCAUGCGUGUUCUCAGGGACAUGAAUCUUUCAAAACUCAUAGACGAAGACGAGCCACUGUUUAUAUCAUUGGUAGCAGAUCUUUUUCCUAAUCAAGCAUUGGAAAAAACUUCGUAUCCAGAAUUAGAGACAGCAAUUAAUCAACAGGUAGAAGAAGCUUCUUUGAUUUAUCAUCCACCGUGGGUAUUAAAAUUAAUUCAACUUUAUGAGACUCAAAGAGUACGACAUGGGAUUAUGACUCUUGGACCAACCGGUGCUGGAAAGACAACUUGUAUACAAAUUCUGAUGAAAGCAUUGACCCAAUCCGGUGAUUAUCACAGAGAAAUGAGGAUGAACCCAAAGAGUAUAACAGCAGCACAAAUGUUUGGUCGUUUGGAUGUGGCUACCAAUGAUUGGACAGAUGGAAUAUUUUCUGCACUUUGGCGUAAAACAUUGAAAUUGAAAAAAGGUGACCACGUAUGGAUGGUCCUUGAUGGACCAGUUGACAGCAUAUGGAUUGAAAAUUUAAAUUCCGUAUUAGACGAUAACAAAACAUUGACACUUGCCAAUGGCGAUCGUUUACCAAUGGCACCUACUUGUAAAAUUAUUUUCGAACCGCAGGACAUUGACAAUGCUAGUCCUGCAACUGUUUCUCGUAAUGGUAUGGUUUACAUGAGUUCGUCAGGAUUAGAUUGGAAGCCAGUAGUUACGGCAUGGCUCAAACGUCGGUCAACACUCGAACGAGAAACUUUAGAACAAUGUUUUACCGAUUCUUUUGUUCAGGUAUAUUCCUGGUCAACUCAAACGCUUCUAUUAGCUAUCAAUGUUUUACAAUGUAAUAUCGUUCAACAAAUGCUUUCUAUUCUGGAAGGAUUAAUACCACCAGAAAUAUCUACAGAAGAUGAUGAAGAUGAUGAUAACGAGAGAGAUAAAUCUCAACCAAUAACUGCGGAACAUUUAAAACGUCUUUACAUUUUUGCUUUGAUCUGGGGUAUGGGUGCACUUUUGGAAACAACUGAUAGAAUAAAAUACGACGUAUUUUUGAAAGAAAACUUUCAAACUUGGGAUCUUCCAAAAUCAGAGAAUGAUCCUGAUGCAAAGGUCUUUGAUUUUUUCGUCACUGAAAAAGGAAAGUGGGAUACUUGGACAAGUAUGGUAACGAAUUAUGUAUACCCCGAGUAUUCAACACCUGAUUACAGUAAUGUACUCGUACCAAUACCUGAUAAUGUACGGAUUCAGUAUCUGAUCGAUUUGAUAGGUCGACAAGAUAAAGCUGUUUUAUUAAUUGGUGAACAAGGAUCUGCUAAAACUGUUAUGAUGAAGUCGUAUAUGAAAAAAGCGAACCCAGAUACAACCUUGAAUCGAUCCUUUAAUUUUAGUUCAGCGACUAGUCCAUGCCAAUUUCAAAAAACCAUAGAAAGUUAUGUGGAGAAACGUAUGGGAAAUACAUUUGGACCACCAGGUGGUAAAAAGAUGUUGAUCUUCGUAGAUGACAUAAAUUUACCUCAAAUAAACGAAUGGGGUGAUCAAGUUACCAACGAAAUUGUACGACAAACCAUGGAUAUGAAAGGUUUUUAUUCCCUAGAAAAACCUGGCGAUUUUACCACAAUUGUUGACGUUACAUUCGUUGCUGCAAUGUGUCAUCCUGGUGGAGGAAGAAAUGACAUUCCUUCGAGAUUGAAACGACAAUUUUCAAUAUUCAAUUGUACAUUACCCAACAACGAAUCGAUCGAUCGUAUUUUCAGUGUACUCGGUGAAGGACAUUACAAUGCUAAAAGAGGUUUCUCUAGUGAAGUCAGAAAUCUGAUUAAAAAAAUGGUUCCAUUAACUCGAAUCCUAUGGGAAAGAACGAGAACAAAAUUAUUACCAACUCCUGCUAAAUUUCAUUACGUUUUCAGUCUUCGAGAUUUAUCACGAAUCUGGCAGGGAAUGGUCGGCACUUUGUCCACUGUAAUAGAUAAGGAAAGUGUAUUAAUGUCACUUUGGAAACACGAAUGCAUGCGAGUUUUUAGCGACAGAUUUACAAUGCAAUCGGAUAAGAAUUGGUUCGAGGAAGAGGUUGUUCAGGUUGUUAAAGAUAUUUUAGGAGAUGAUUACGUCGAAAUGACUAAACCAAAUCCAGCUUUCGUUGAUUUUAUGAGGGAUGCUCCUGAACCAACCGGUGAGGAAAACGAGGAUGCCGAUGUUGAAUUACCAAAAGUUUAUGAACCUGUUUAUGAUGAACAAGUAUUACGAGACAGGUUGGAAAUGUUUCUAGCACAAUUUAAUGAAAUGCAAAGAGGUGCUGGAAUGGACCUCGUAUUUUUUCCUGAUGCUAUGUUACAUCUAGUCAAAAUUUCUCGAGUGAUAAGACAUCCGAAAGGAAAUGUCAUGUUAGUAGGAGUAGGUGGAUCGGGUAAACAAAGUCUUACUAAAUUAUCAUCUUUCAUCGCUGGAUACAAAACAUUUCAAAUAACAUUAACAAGAUCCUACAAUGUGGCAAACUUUCUGGAAGAUUUGAGAUUCCUUUAUCGAUCUUGUGGAGCUCAGGGAAAAGGUACUACCUUUAUUUUCACCGAUCUGGAUAUCAAGGAGGAAGGAUUCUUAGAAUAUCUGAACAACAUUUUGAGUUCCGGUGUAAUCAGCAAUUUAUUUACUCGCGACGAACAAGCAGAGAUCAUUUCAGAAUUGACACCAAUAUUGAAACGUGAAAAUCCUAAGAAAACCAUCAACAACGAGCUAGUGAUGGAUUUCUUUUUGCAAAGGACUUGUCAAAAUUUACACGUUGUCUUUUGUUUCUCACCGGUAGGAGAAAAAUUUCGAAACCGUGCUCAACGUUUUCCAGCAUUGAUAUCAGGUUGCACAAUCGAUUGGUUUCAACCGUGGCCUAAAAAUGCACUAGUUUUGGUAGCUAAACAUUUUCUUCAUGAUUUUGAAAUCGCUUGUACGACAGAAGUUAAAAACGAGCUUGUCAAUGCUCUUGGUUCUAUUCAAGAUAUCGUAGCUAAAACUUCGAUGGAUUAUUUUCAACGAUUUCGUCGUGCAACUCACGUAACACCGAAAUCUUAUCUGAAUUUUAUCGGUGGUUAUAAAAACAUUUAUCGAAACAAACAACACGAGUUAGGAGAGGGUGCUAAAAGAAUGGACACCGGAUUGGCUAAACUCGAGGAAGCUUCUAUAUCUGUCGAAAUUUUAAAGAAGGAUUUAGCUUUAAUGGAAAGGGAAUUGGUUCAAGCGUCGGAAAAAGCGGAAACGGUUUUGUUAGAAGUUACGGAAAGAGCUACGCAAGCGGAAGCUUUUAAAAAUCAGGUACAAAAAGUAAAAGAAAAAGCGGAACAGUUAGUUGCAUGCAUUGCCGAAGAAAAAGCAUUGGCAGAGGAAAAACUGGAAGCUGCGAAACCUGCUUUAGAGGAAGCGGAAGCUGCUUUGAAUACCAUCAAACCUGCUCAUAUAGCGACCGUUCGAAAACUAGGAAGACCACCUCAUCUUAUAAUGAGAAUAAUGGAUUGCGUAUUGAUUUUGUUUCAACGUAAAAUAGGUUCAGUUGUACCAGAUCCUUCAACACAAUGUCCGAAACCUUCGUGGGCGGAAUCUUUGAAGUUAAUGGCUAGUACAACGUUUCUCUUGCAAUUGCAAAAUUAUCCGAAAGAUAUAAUUAACAACGAGAUGGUCGAAUUAUUGCAACCCUAUUUCAAAAUGGAAGAUUACAAUAUGGAAACAGCUAGACGAGUUUGUGGUGAUGUAGCAGGUUUGUUAUCUUGGACAAAAGCUAUGUCGUUCUUCCAUUCAGUUAACAAAGAAGUAUUACCCCUAAAAGCUAAUCUAGCUUUACAAGAAGCAAGAUUGAAAGUAGCUAUGGAGGAUUUAGCAAAUGCCGAGAGAGAAUUGUCGGAAAGAGAAAUGGCUUUGCAAGCUGUAAAAGAACAAUACGAUGCUGCUGUUUCGGAGAAACAAAGAUUAACCGAUGCUGCAAAUGUAUGCCUAAGAAAAAUGACAGCAGCUACUACACUUAUCAAUGGAUUAGGAGGUGAAAAGGUUCGAUGGACUGAACAGAGUAAAGAUUUCAAAUUGCAAUUAGGUCGUUUAGUUGGUGAUGUUUUGUUAGCAACAGGAUUCUUAUCAUACUGUGGUCCUUACAAUCAACAAUAUCGAAGUAAUUUGGUAACUGCUUGGAUGGAUAUCUUAACGACAAAAGUAAUACCAUUUACAAAACAUUUGAGUAUAACUCACAUGUUGGUCGACACAGCAACUAUGUCAGAAUGGACACUUCAAGGUUUACCAAACGACGAAUUAUCCGUGCAAAAUGCAUUAAUCGUUACGAAAUCUUCGUCGUAUCCUUUAUUGGUGGAUCCUCAAAAUCAAGGUAAAAUGUGGAUUAAAAAUAAAGAAUGUUCAAAUGAAUUGCAAAUCACUUCUUUAAAUCACAAAUAUUUUCGUACACAUCUGGAAGAUAGUUUAUCGUUAGGGAGACCUUUAUUGAUCGAAGACGUUGCUGAAGAACUUGAUCCUGUUCUCGACAACGUGCUUGAAAAAAACUUUAUCAAAUCCGGUUCUAUAGAAAAGGUAAUUGUCGGUGACAAAGAAUGCGACGUGAUGCCUGGUUUUAUGCUUUACAUUACAACCAAAUUACCAAAUCCUGCGUAUAGUCCUGAAAUAUCAGCCAAAACAUCGAUAAUAGAUUUUACUGUGACAAUGUUGGGUCUGGAAGAUCAAUUAUUGGGUCGUGUUAUACUCAUGGAAAAAGCUGAUUUAGAAGCUGAAAGAGUAGCUCUGUUUGAAUCUGUCAUGACGAAUCAACGUUCUAUGAAAGAACUCGAAGGUACUUUAUUGCACAGGCUUACAUCUUCAGAAGGAUCUUUGGUGGACGAUGAAGAAUUGAUAGGAGUACUUCAAGAAACUAAAUCUACAGCAGAAUCGGUUAACGAAAAAUUAAAAGUAUCGGCUCUGACUGAAAAGAAAAUCACAUUGGCUCGUGAAGAAUUUCGUGCGGUUGCAUCCAGAGGAUCUAUUUUAUAUUUUUUAAUCGUAGAAAUGAGUAACGUCAAUGUGAUGUAUCAAAAUUCUUUAAAACAAUUUCUAACUUUAUUCGAUAAUUCUAUAACGAGAUCAGUCAAGAGUUCUAUCACUGUUGAAAGGAUAAAUACGAUAUUACAAUAUCUCACAUACGAAGUAUGGGCUUUCACUUUGAGAAGUCUGUACGAACGACAUAAACCGUUAUUCACGUUAAUGUUAGCAAUGAAAAUCGAUUGUCAUCGUGGUCAAAUUUCUCAUAUGGAAUUCAAUGCGUUCAUAAAAGGUGGUGCAUCAUUGGAUCUCAAUGCGGUGACACCAAAACCAUUCAAAUGGAUUCUCGACAUAACGUGGCUUAAUUUGGUCGAAAUUAGCAAAUUAAAUAGCUUCGAAGAUAUUUUAACGAAAAUAGAAUUUAACGAGAAAGAAUGGCGUGUUUGGUACGAAAAAGAAAGACCUGAAGAAGAAGAAUUGCCAUGUGAUUAUCAGAAAAACUUAGAUGUAUUUAGGAAAUUAUUACUCAUCAGAUCUUGGAGUCCUGAUAGAACUUUAUCCCAAGCAAAAAACUACGUCGUCGAAUCUUUAGGCAAAGAAUAUGGAGAAGCAAAAAUCUUGGAUUUGGAAGCAACUUGGUUGGAAUCAGAAGUUCGAACACCAUUAAUUUGUUUAUUAUCUAUUGGCUCGGAUCCUAGUCCACAAAUUACUGCACUAGCUAAACAAAAAUCUAUUCAAUUAAAAUCAGUUUCUAUGGGUCAAGGACAAGAGUUUCAUGCACGCCGAAUGAUUACUGAUGCAAUGAAUAUAGGUGGUUGGGUUCUUCUACAAAACAUUCAUUUGUCCUUACCAUUCUGCACAGAAGUAAUGGAUGCACUCGUUGAAACAGAUAUCGUUCACGAAGCCUUCAGAUUAUGGAUGACAACAGAAGUGCAUCCACAAUUUCCAAUUGGUUUGCUACAGAUGGCAAUUAAAUUCACUAACGAACCGCCCCAAGGUAUCAGAGCUAGUUUAAAAAGAACUUAUCAAAAUGUAACACAAGACACAUUAGAUUAUAGUACACAAUCUCAGUGGCCACCGUUAUUAUACGCGGUAGCAUUUUUGCAUACGGUUGUACAAGAACGUAGAAAAUUCGGUCCGCUCGGUUGGAAUAUACCUUACGAAUUUAAUCAAGCAGAUUUUGCAGCCUCUGUACAAUUUAUUCAAAAUCAUCUUGACGAUAUGGAUCCUAAGAAAGGUGUAUCCUGGCCAACAGUUUGUUACAUGCUCGGAGAGGUUCAAUACGGUGGUAGAGUUACAGAUGAUUUUGACAAACGUUUAUUAACAACAUUCACGCAUGUAUGGUUCUGCGAUGUACUUUUACGACCUGGAUUCGAAUUUUAUCGUGGCUACAAAGUACCACAAACUCGAAAUCUCCAAGCAUACGUAGAUUACAUCGAUAGUCUUCCAACAACUGACAAUCCAGAAGUAUUUGGACUGCAUCCAAAUGCAGAUAUCACUUAUCAAAUAAAUACAGCUAAGGGAAUUUUGGAUACUAUUCUCAGUGUCCAACCAAAAGAAGGUGGUGCACAAGGUGGUGAAACUAGAGAAACCAUAGUUUACAAAUUAGCAAAUGAUAUGUUAUCCAAAUUACCAAAACAAUACAAUUCUUUUGAAGUUAAAGAAGCUCUCAAUAGAAUGGGAGCAUUAUUACCAAUGAAUAUUUUCUUAAGACAAGAAAUAGACAGAAUUUCGAGAGUCAUCAAAGAAGUUUACAGUACAUUAACGAAUUUAAAGUUAGCUAUAGAAGGUACAAUCAUUAUGAGUCAGGGACUGCGUAAAUCAUUAGAUUCUAUGUACGAUGCCCGUAUACCAGAAAAAUGGUUAAAGGUUUCUUGGGAAUCUGCUACAUUAGGAUUUUGGUAUACAGAACUUUUAGAAAGAGAUCAUCAAUUUAGACACUGGUGUAUCCAUGGGAGAUCUAAGGUAUUUUGGAUGACAGGUUUCUUUAAUCCUCAAGGAUUUUUAACAGCCAUGAGACAAGAAGUCACCAGAGCGCACAAAGGUUGGGCUCUAGACUCAGUGGUAUUACAAAAUCUUAUAACACGAUUUAAUAAAGAAGAUAUUAAAGAACAACCUCAAGAAGGGGUUUAUGUACACGGAUUAUUUUUAGAAGGUGCAUCUCUUGAUCGUAGGGCUGGUAAACUCAUAGAAAGUAAACCCAAAGUCUUAUAUGAACAAAUGCCCGUUAUUUAUAUAUAUGCGAUUAAUACUACAGCGGGGAAAGAUCCAAAACUUUACGAAUGUCCUAUAUACAGAAAGCCUCAGAGAACAGAUCAAAAAUAUGUUGGUUCUAUUGAUUUUCAAACAGAUCAUAAUCCUCGCCAUUGGACAUUGCGCGGAGUAGCUUUGUUAUGUGACAUUAAAUGAAUCAAAAUGAACAAAAUUGUUUGCACGAUAAGAAUACAUAA